ACUUCCUUUUCCGUCACGUGACCAGAAGUGAAAUAUUAGCCGUUCUGUGUUGGAUUUAUGGAAUUUAAAAACAACUCCGUAAUAUUUAACGUCUUCAUUAACAUUACAGAUAUGGAAAAGAUGGCGUAACGUUUUGACUUGAAAUAUGAAGUAGAACGAUGAUGCUCCAAAGGCCGGUGAGAAAACAAUUGCCUGCGACCACUCGGAUGCUCUCGGAUCACGGCGGCUCCCUUUUCAAUGCAACAUAAAAAGGCUGUAAAAUCAUGAACGACUCGGACCAGGACUUUGUCGAUCUCUGUUCCAAGACGCUGAAGCGUUUUCGCAAGAAAGUAGUCGAGCCUAAACAACAAAAGAGAGCUGCGGACAAGAAGUCCUCAAGUCAGCCCAGCGAUGGAGACAAGAAAGGGAAGCAAAAGGAGGAUGAUGCCUCUCAUCGUGUUGCAACUGGGUCGCCGUGUUUGGAUGUGGAUGAUUCAGGAGACGCUGUAGCAGCUUCAGGACAAAAGACUGACAACCUUGCGUGGAGGCGUGUAGAGAUAGUGCUCAAGAGGAUGCAGCACUUCAAGAGAGCAAGUCCACCCAGGAUGGCUCACAAGAGUCCGCCUAUAGGGAUGGAUCCUGAACCUCCACAAACAGGUGUACCACAAUCCUCCGUCUCUGACAACCAACUGAGGUCCCUGGAUAGUGAUGAGGUUUUGGCAAUGCGACUGCAGCAGGAGCUUGAUCGCGAGGCAGCAGAGGCCCACAAUCUGGACCUAGAGGAUGGGGGCCUCUUCUUCUGUCAGAUCUGUCACAAAGACAUGUCUCAUAUGACACCCGAAGGACGCACACAGCACAUCAACAGGUGUUUGGACGACACCGAACACCAAAUAGCUGCUCCCCAUCCUCCUCUUCCUCGUGGUGUCCCCGACUGUCCAAUCUGUGGCAAGAAGUUUAAGUCACAGAGGAGUCGCUCCACCCACUUGAAGCGCUGCUCGUCAGACAUGGGAGUCAGUCCUGCUGACCUGCUGCAGGCUGUACAGAGGCAGGCUGAGGAGACACAAAGUGCAGCUGCUACCAACGUGAUCUCACAGACUGGAGGCGCAAAAAGGAAAGGCACAACUACUUCAGGACUACCAGCGAGGAAGAAGCCCAGGAAAAAAAACGACCCCCUGGAUGAGGACACAAUGGUGGCCCUGGCUCUAUCUUCGUCCCUGUUGGAACAGCAGAAAGCGCAUCCCAGUGCAUCAAACACAGAGACAGCUUCUCAUUCGACCAAGACUGCUGUCUUAAAGUGGAGAUCAGAUGGAGGUAAGGGGCGUGGGAAGAGGAAAAAGGACGCAGUACCUCGGCCGCCUCCUAUCCUCCUCAUCCAGGAUGCUGAUGCUGCUCUAAUGAGGCUGCAGGAACGUGUUUCUGCUCUUCUCCUACGCACUCGAGCCCCGUCUCCACCUACUCCUACCCGCUGUGCCAGCAAAUUGUCCGUCUUGAACGGCGCUGCCCCGCUAUGGGAAAAGAGUGCACUAUUAAAUGGAGACGCCACCGGUGUCUGGGACUUCUUCGUGCCAGAGCUUAAAGACUUCUUCACGCCUUGGAAAUCAGCCCAGACUGUCUCAGCUUCGUCCCACACCAACGACAAGCCAAGUUCUUCUCUUCAACCUUUGAGUGAAGGAACUACCAUCACCAAGGAUCAAACUCUGUUAUCCGCCCAUACAAUCGCCUGCCCCUCAGUUCCCUCCGCUCCAACCGCUGGGCAGCUUCCAGCGAGCAGCCAGGCCCUGAGAGACCUGGUGGAGCUGGCUGAUGAUGUCACAGCUCUAUCUUAUUGCGACCACACUGGUCCUGGCGAUGACCAGCUGUCAACAAACCUCCAACUCAGUGGCUUCAUUCUAGAUGAGAGAGUGGACUUCUGUGUGAGCGGCUUCUUACCUGAAACAGUACACCCUUCCUCAAAGGAAAAGUCAAUAUGUUCUCCAGGUGUAGCUGAGGAGGGCAGGAGCCAGCUAUCAUCAGGGGCACUAUCCACAUUGGUAUCCAACCUAAGCAGCAUGGUUAACAACCCUCAGCUUAGUGACUUACAACUCCAGGUGGAUACUGGAGAAGUUUUUUUUGCCCAUUCCUUCAUGGUGUACGCACGCUGCCCCCUCCUGGCACAAAUGAUGCAUUUAAGUGGAUUCGGGGUGAAAGAGGAGGGAAUGCCUGCAGCUCAGAGGGUGUUGAUCAGUGAUAUACCUGCACAGGCCGUGUUGGUUCUGCUGCAGUACCUCUACACCGCCCAGGUGUCACUUUCAUCGUCAUUGCAGCCACAUGUGCUGGAGUUGGCAUCCAGGUUCGAUCUACAAGAGCUGCAGCAGCUCUGUGAGAGCUACACUCAGGAAACAUCAGCUGAGUAUGAUGAUGGCGACUUCACCAACCACGGGGAGCCUCUCAGCAGCCGCACAGACAAGGACCUGACGGCGCUCUUCAACUCCAUGUGGAGUCAUGAGGAUGACGCGGACGACAGCGAAGGGGAUGACGAGAGUGCUGUCGAAAAGGCGAAAGGAGAGACUCACGAGGAGCGAGUGAAUCAGGAAGAGCUGGAUGAGAUUUAUGAGUUUGCUGCCACGCAAAGAAAGCGGGAGGAGGAGGAGAUGGAGAGCGUGGAUGACAGUGAGGGAGAUGAUGGCGGAGUGACGAGUAAAAGGACUCCUGAAGAAUCCAAUGAAAAAAAUCUUGAUCGUAGCUCAGGGAGCAGCUAUAGUCGCCUCUUCUCAGACACUUUCUGUUAUCCUUCACAGAAGAAAAAUCUUUCUUCUUCUAAAUCAUCUGCCAAAACUUUGCUUCAGUCCUCAGCAAGUGUGGGCAGUGACCUUUCCCCCAGUACCUCCUCUUUGCCUGUGCCAGGUGUGUCUCCUGAUCAGGAGGUCAGCUGCGUCAAGGAAACAACUGCUGUUCAACAUGAUUCCCCUUAUAAAUCAGCACUCAAAGAAGAACCAGAGCUGAUCGUUUUGUCGGACUCAGACAACAGCCGGCUUAGCUUCACUCAGUUAAGACCUGAAGAGUCCACAGGGGAGAAGAAACAAUCCAGCAGUUUGGAGUUAAGUCCGAAUGAGCCUUCUCCUAACCAGGCCGUUGAAAAUGGAGAGCAGAUGAAUGCAGAUUGUUCUCCGGAGCUUUCCUGGCUCAUCCCGCCAACCCCAGUCUGCAGCAGUCCCACAAGGACAAAGACAGGCAGGGACUGUUCUACCCAGACCAAGAACAGCAUGCGUAGGACUCAGCUGUUCCCCAAAGACGACUGUUCUGUCACGUCAGCAUUCAACAACAGCGCAAAGGCACCUGAUGGCAUUUUGACUGCCAUGUUGGAGGAAGUGGACUCUCCAGUUUUUGCGAAACCACAACUCUCAACUUCAUCUCACCGUCACGUGUCCUCAAAGCAUGAGACGUCACUCCAACGCCACACCGAGCCUUACAGCAGCACCCCUCUGCACACCUGGCCACCGUGUCAAGAAAGUCCCAGGUUGCCCUUUGAGAGCCCCGAGAAGACGGAAAUUGGGAGCUUGCAUUUCUCCCCCUUCUGCGUCGCUCCUCACACGAGUCCUCAGAGACACAGUCCAAGUCCCGCUAAACUGGCGAGGAGUAGAGUAAUAAGUGAGAAAGAAAAGCUGGAGCCAGAGUUUGGUAGGAGAAGCACAGAUGAAGGAGAAGCAAGACAGUCAAGUUUUGAGCAGCACUUCAUGGCCAUGGACGAGCCACCGAUGGCUUUCAACGACUCGUGGGGCUUCCACGCUUGUGAUGACGCAGCGAGGAACUCUGGCUUCUUCAGCCUGAGGCUGGAGGACAGCGGAGGAGCCGACCAAGGAGAACACAGGGAAGAAAAGGAAAGACGUGACAACGAGUCAGCCCCGUCCACCAGUAACCACCUUCCACCCAUAAGUACAAAUCUUCCCACUUUGUCGCCAUCUCCAAGUGAUCCUAACACAGAUAGCCUCCUGGCCGCUAACGUAUGGGACAGCUGGGGGGAGGAAGAAGAGGAGAUUCUUCCUCUUUCUCAAAGGCUGAACCCUUCUGCUCAGCUCAAAACUCCCAAAUCUUCUGGUAAUAAAAGGCGUCGCAAUCUGGUGCCCAUCACUCCAAUGCCUCACUACUCGGAUCUGGACACACCUGAGCUGAAGAACAAACUCAACAGCUUUGGUGUCCGUGCUUUACCUAAGAGGCGGAUGAUCGUCAAGCUGAAGGAGAUUCACCGCUACACCCACCAGCUGCUCGGCUCUGAUGAUGAAGACGAAGCACAGAGCAAGCGUCCUCCCUCCAAGUCGUCUGUCUCUUCCAACUUCAAGGAGCCCGGAGUGCCUGUUGCCGUGGCUCCUGGGAGACGCCAUCAAGGGGACGAGGCGGACGCAGAGCUGCUGUCCAACUCUCAGGGCUCCAAUGCCUCUUCAACUACUGCAAGUGAAGAAUCCGAGCGGUCCAACCCAGAGCUGUGUCUUUCCUCGGGUGGCGACUCGGAUGACGACAUCUCAGCCUCCCAGGCGGUCACACGCCUCCGAGAUCGCCUGCAGGCCGUGCGGUCUUUCAUCCUGUCCGACUCGGACCUGUACGGUCAGAUCCUUCAGUACCAGCCUCUGGUCCUGUCUCAGCUCCAGCAGCGCCUGAAAGCAGCUGGCAUCCGCUUAGGCGCCGCCAAGCUGGUGGACUAUCUGGACUCCCAGUGCAUCACUUUCACCACGGCUAAACCAGGACAGCCCGCACGUUCUCGCAGGCGAGUCAGGAAGGCUGGCAAGAAAGGGAAAGGAGGCGCUGGAGUCCGAACUUCAAAAUAACCAGGGAAAAUAGGUAUGUUUUUUUUAAGGACAUGUUUGGGUUCUUAUGGACAGAUCGCAGUUUUAUUACUUAAAGGGGCUGUUUGCAACAUUUACACAGAUUUCUAGAGGGCACCAACUUUCCGAUGUAUUUUACACAGUAUAUACCGCCCUCUUUCGGCUUCUAGGAAGUAACUAAGUACGUAUGUAACACAUGCACGCACAUUAGCUUUGGAUGUUAGCUAAUAGUCAUUUGGAUAGGUUGGGUUAUCUGUCAUUGAAUGUGUAUUCUAGCAACAUGACUGCCAAUUUGGAAUGCUUUUGUAUGUGUGCACUUCCAUGUGCAUACCUCUUGAUGAGACCAGGUGAGUGACCGCCGAAAACACCAUUUUUUCCAGGCUGGUAAAUUUAUAUUACAUAACGUUUGUGUAAAAUAUAGACAAUUGUCAAAUGUGUUCCGUAAAACACUAAAUGGUGACAUCGGCUAGCUGGUGGUGGUCUUGUUAUAUUUUUUUGUUAUGAAAAAUGUUACUGUCAGGGAGUUGCAAACAUCACUUUUAAGCAUGUUUCUAUAUUUAAAGUAUUGUUGACUUUUCUUAAAAAUUUACUUUUACUAAAAAUAAACAAAUGUGUAUUAAUUUGUAAAAACCUCAAUCUUGAGUGGACAUUGGAGCAAAAAUUUAAGUGCAGAGCCAAAUAAGAAUUUGAAUUCUAUUGCUUGAUUGCAUAUUCUUAUUAGGGGACAUUUUCUUUUCUGAGUGAAGGAAGCAUUCAGGCAUAUAUCUACUGACUGUAUGCAGGGUCCUUGUUUGGUCUUGACUGAGUUUCCUCAUUGUGUUUGAAUUCAAACUUGGCAAGAAUGAAGACAUUUGCAGUUGCACUCAAUUGAUCAAUAUUAAUUUAGGAGUGCAAACUACCAUAUUUUUCGGAGUAUAAGUCGCACUGGAGGUAUAAGUCGCACCGGCCGAAAAUGCAUAAUAAAGAAGGAAAAAAACAUAAGUCGCAUUUUUUGGGGAAAUGUAUUUGAUAAAAGCCAACACCAAGAAUAGACAUAUGAAAGACAAUUUAAAAUAAAUAAAGAAUAGUGAACAACAGGCUGAAUAAGUGUACGUUAUAUGAGGCAUAAAUAACCAACUGAGAACGUGCCUGGUAUGUUAACGUAACAUAUUAGGGUAAGAGUCAUUCAAAUAACUAUAACAUAUAGAACAUGCUAUACGUUUACCAAACAAUCUGUCACUCCUAAUCGCUAAAUCCCAUAAAAUCUUAUACGUCUAGUCUCUUACGUGAAUGAGCUAAAUAAUAUUAUUUGAUAUUUUACGGUAAUGUGUUAAUAAUUUCACACAUAAGUCGCUCCUGAGUAUAAGUCGCACCCCCGGCCAAACUAUGAAAAAAACCUGCGACUUAUAGUCCGAAAAAUACGGUAUUUGCUUCAAAAGUAUGAACAGAGUUCUGAAAAAACAUUUUAUUAUUGUUCUUCAGUAGAUUCCGGUCCAAAGGAUGAGCCAGAGUAGGUACAGCAGAACACUUGAAGAAGGAGGGAAGCUCUCAAACAAUUUCAAUCAACUGUUUCCUUCAAGUAGAGAGGAGCAUUGUGCAGCAAAAUAUCAUCUGGGCCGUUUUUGUGCGCUCAGUAUUGCCUGAAGCAGCGUAGUAACGCUCCAGGCAUCAGGUCAAGUUCCAAAAGGUGUAAAAGUCUUCACACCAAGCUUCCUGGAUCCAUGACCUGCCUCUCUUCCUGAGCCUUGUGGUUCCUUGGCUGGUGGAGCGUCAACACUUUGCUUCUCAAAGCAGUCAUGACAGGCCUGCAAUGUUUGCAAGGAAGCGCUGAGCCCACCACUCCUCCAAGUCCAUAGGGACAAAGUCUGUGUGAAGACAACAGAGUGGUGAUGUCAUGCUCCUUUGCUGUGCAGAUGGUACACAUCUAAACACUCACUGCUCAACAUUCAUUUCUGACUAAACAGCCACAUAAGCAACAAAAAAAGGAAUCAUAUGUUUACUUUUGAAGAAGAUUGUCAGCACGCCACAGGCUGUUCAGAUACAAAACAAAUGUUCAUGGGCCUCUUCUAGAAAACUGCAUGGAAUUCUGACAGUCUCAGUAUUUCAGAAAGCCGUGUACACACAAAAAGAUACAUAAUAAAGUCUGGCCUAUGCACACCUUCACUCAAUGUGGAAGGGAAGUGUGCAUCAUGUCAUUCCCUCUUUACGCCAUAGAAGGUCAAAGUGACUAAAUGCAACAUUUCAUCAAGACAUUAAACUGCAUGCGUUUCUCACUCUUUCCGGUCUCUCCUUCUCAGACACUUAAAACAAGCGCACCUUCUUACAUACGUCACGUGAGCAACGUCACACGCUCCCGCGGAGCAGACAGGUAGCGACAUGGUAACAUUAGCUGUGAUGCUAACGGUGUGGUUUGAGUGGCAAUACGAGAGAAAGAAGGUGCGAAUCUGGUAACAAAUGAAGGAAUAAUUCAUUCCCAAGAAAAACAGCACGGGGUCCAUCGUCUGGCGGUGGUUUUGCUUCAAGCGGGAAUAUGUCUUUACAUGUCAACAUCUCCGUUCGGUGCCACACCAACUAAAUGCCGAAGCAACUAUUUCCACAUCAACACCGUAGGACAUAUACUAUUUGAUAUGCAGCUCAUUUUUAUGUGACACUUAUUGAAAUAUCUUGUGUGACAUCAUGCACAAAAGUGCACUUAUAGCUUGUUUUAAAAUGUCUGACAAUCUUGCACUUUCUGUUUGGAAAUGACAUGAAUGUUUGUGCCACUGCUUAAUAACUGUUUAAUAAAUACACU